AGCUCAGCAAUGUCCGAGGUCGAUCGCUACUCUCAGAGCGAGGGGAAGCUGCUUGACACCGAGACGGAUGGCAGCACCUUCGAAGAUGCUCCCCCUCAGAGCGAGAUGGGAGAAAGUGACUACGAUGGACCUGAAGAUGACACCUACAAGCAGAAGAAACCAACAGUCAUGCGCUUGUUGCGUUUCGGCAAGCCUGAGUUGCCACUCGUUAUUUCUGCCACCUUUUUGGCAUCCAUUUCUGCUUUUUUGCAUAUGUCUCAGAACAUUUUCGUUGGUAUGGUCAUCAACGCCGUUCAUUAUUCCUCCCUGAAUGCAGGAAAGUCGGCAGUUACUACAUUCACUCUUUACUUGCUCUGUAUCUACGUGGCUGAUUGUAUGCUCACGUUGUUCUCCUCGGUUCUGUAUACCAUUGCGGCAACCCGUUGCUCGUGCCGCCUCAGGACCCUGGUUCUUAGAAACAUGCUUCGUCAGGAUGUCGCUUUCUUUGAUACUGUCAGAGUUGGUGAGCUUCUCAACCGUCUUUCGACCGAUACCGAGGUCAUUCAGAUGGUGGUGACUGCAAAUCUUGCCGGAUGGUUCAUUCCCUUGUGCCAGGUUGUCAUUGGGUUGAUUGCCAUUUUCACGUACAACUGGAAGUUGACCUUGGUUGUUCUGUCGCUCAUCCCUGUGAUUGCUGUUUGCAUGUUCCUUCAAGGUUUCUGUAUGAAGAUUUUGACUGAGCAAGAGUUGAUUGCGUUGGCCGAUGCUGGCUCCAAGGCCGAUGAAACCCUGUCCAACAUUCGUACAGUUCGUUCCUACGUUAUGGAAGAGAAGGAAAUUUCUCAUUACGCUGACAAGAUCAACAUUUCCUACCUCAUCAUCAAGCGCAGGGCGUGGAUUGCUGGUGGAUUGUCGUCCAUCACGAACUUGGCUGGAGAUUCUUGUAUCUUGGUCGCGAUGUGGUAUGGUGGUCAGUUGAUCUUCCAAAAUCAGAUGUCUGUUGGUGGUCUCGUGUCGUACAUGCUUUUCGCUCUCCAGUCUGUGUUUGCCUUCUCCUCCUUGAUCUCCAUCUUUCCUCAAUUCAUGGAGGCGAUCGGAGCUUCUGGUCGUAUCUUCGAGUUGUUGGAUCGUGUUCCAGCUGUCAACUACGAUGGAGGUUACAUUGCUCCCAACGGGAUUGAAGGACACAUUGAGUUCAAGGAUGUGCACUUCCAUUACCCAUCCAGGCCCAAGAUCAAGAUCAUGAACGGCCUCUCUGUCAAUCUUCCCCCUGGUAAGACUCUUGCCCUUGUUGGCGCCUCUGGAUGCGGCAAGUCCACCUUCAUCUAUCUCAUCGAGCGUUUCUACGAUUGCCAGGGAGGCUCCAUCCUUAUCGACGGAAUGGACAUCCUGAAGUAUGAUCCCCAGUGGCUCCGUGACCAGGUCGGUCUGGUGCAGCAGGAGCCAGUCCUGUUUGCCAUGUCUAUCGAGGACAACAUCAUGUACGGAUCCAAGAUUUGCACUCAUGCCCGCGUUGAGCAGGCUGCUCGUUUGGCGAAUGCCCAUGACUUCAUCCAGGCUUUGCCCCAAGGCUAUGAUGCCCAGUGCGGAGAGCGUGGUGUAAUGCUUUCAGGAGGACAGAAGCAGCGCAUUGCCAUUGCUCGCGCCUUGUUGAAGGAUCCCAAGAUCCUUUUGCUCGAUGAAGCCACCAGCUCCUUGGAUGCGGAGAGUGAGAAGCUGGUACAGGAAGCUUUGGAUCGUCUUAUGGUCGGAAGGACUUGCGUUGUCGUUGCUCAUCGUCUCUCUACAAUCCGCAAUGCAGACAUUAUCAGCGUGAUUCAGGGUGGCAAGGUUGUCGAGUCCGGAACCCAUGACGAGUUGAUAGCCAAGGAUGGAGUAUACAGGAGAUUUGGAGCCAGGCAGUUCGGUAUCGUCGGUUUGGCCGAAGGAUUGCAGGUUGAGGACACAUCGAGGCAGGAGGAUCCGGCUGCCUCGAUCUCAGGACCCUUUAGCGCUGUUGAGGCCCUGCGCGGAGUUGCCAAGACACGAGGAGAUGACACUGAUAUCAUGGAUGCUGUCCAGGACCUUGCAGUCAUGGAUGCAGAGCCUGAGGGCCUCGGAGAUCUUGCCAGGGAGAUGCAGCAUUUGGAAAUGUCGAUGCAGCAGACCGUGGCCGAGAUUGUGCACAUCUGCCGGUAGAUCAUUUAGAGUGGUGUGGGAAACUGGACAAGUUUCUUUUGUUUAUCAUUAAACACAGAGCUGUGCUCUUCGUUACAUAUC